GGGAUGGUCCAGGACCCCAAGGGCCCUCUGCCGCAUGGGCUAACCAAGCACCGCCUGCUCGGCCGCCUGCCCGUGAGCGUCAAGAAUCAGAUCGUCGCCCUCAUCGCCGAGUUUGUGGGGACGUUCAUGUUCUUGUUCUUCGCCUUUGGCGGCACGCAGGUGGUCAAUGGCCCUGCCAAUGCCGCCGCAGGCACCGGAGGCAUCACGUACGCGGCCAACGACGCGGCCAAGCUGCUGUACAUCUCGCUGUCGUUUGGCAUGAGCCUAAUGGUCACGGCGUGGGUCUUUUUCCGCAUCUCGGGCGGGCUCUUCAACCCGGCCGUCACGCUCGGGCUGGCUCUUGUUGGUGUCGUCACCCCACUCCGUGCUGUGCUCGUGGCGUGCAGUCAGGUGCUGGGCGGCAUCGCGGCCGCCGCCGUGGUGCAAGGACUGACUCCCGGCAAGCUGAAUGUCAACACCAAGUUGCUCGCCACGGCUAACGACGUCGUCGGCAUGGACCUGGCCCGGGGCUUGUUCAUGGAGAUGUUCAUGACGGCGCAGCUCGUGUUUACCGUUUUUAUGCUGGCAGCUGAGAAGCACAAGGCCACGUUCAUCGCCCCUGUUGGCAUCGGGUUGAGCUUGUUCAUCGCCGAGUUGAUGAGCGUCUACUAUACCGGCGGGAGUCUGAAUCCCGCGAGAUCCUUCGGGCCCAGCGUCAUCCAGGGUUUCAAUAGUGACCACUGGGUGUAUUGGGUCGGUCCGAUCCUUGGGUCUCUGGUCGCAUCAGGAUUCUACGCGCUGGCCAAGGCUAUCAAGUAUGAAACCGUCAAUCCUAACGCGGAUGGCCCAGCAGAUGACGAGUAUCGUGGCGAUCGUAGCAUGUCUUCACCAAUGAAUCCCGGUCUGGAAGCUGGUCUGGGAAGUUGGG